GCGUCGGUAGUCAAACCGUAGUGUUACCUCGGCUUCACCCUCGUCCACAUCGUAUUUUACCUCAGGAAAAUUCCAAGUGUCCGACUAAAACCCCAGUGCUUCCCCCAUUCUAACACUAAAAACACCACAAUGGCUGAUGUCGAGACAAAGGAAACCACAGUCGCCUCUCCAGAGAAGAAAGUAGUGGAGGAGGUUGUUGAGAAGAAGGAGAAGGAAGUCAAGGAAGUAGAGGAGGUAGACGAGGACUCAAGGGCAUCUGAGAAUGGUGAUGCCAAAGAGGCCAAAGAAAAUGGUGAGGAGAAGCCCGUUGAAGAGAAAGAGGCAGAGUCCACAGAGAAUGGUGAUUCCACAGAUGCCCCUGCUGAUGCCUGUAGCAUAAAAAGAAAAUCCACAGCGGGUGUAGAGGCAAGUGCAGAUGCACCAGAUGGCGUAAGUCCCGAGAAAAAAGCUAAACUCGAGGAUAAACCGGUGGAAUCUGCUGAGAGCAACGGUGACACAGAGACCGCGGCCUAAUAUAUCAAAAAAACAUAACUAAAACGUUUAAAAAACAACCAACAAAACCAUCCCCUACACUCUAAUGAACAUUAUCACACAUCCAAACGUGGAGUCAGAGCAUUAAAACAAUUAUUUCAUCGUCGACGCAUCGGAGAAAACCCGUGAAAGAAAUGACAGUUCUUUUUUAUUAUUAUUUUCUACUUUGAUUUUCAACAACUGAACAAUAAAACUGUACUUAAUAUACGUGCACUCAAUUUAUGAUAAUUGAAGUUAAUAAAUAAAUGUGAAUUAUAUAAAUGCAUAUCUGUUGCAUAGUAAUCUAGUAUAUUUUUUUUCCCAGGAGUUUUCUCCGAUGCACAAUUCACACACACUUAACUCGUUAUAUUGUUACAAUUUUGAGAUGAAAAUGAUAAAAAAAAAAGUGAAUAGUGGAUAAUUUAUCCAUUGAAUAUAUUUGUAAUUCGGAGUUGGAUUUAAUGCGGUGCUGUGAGGGAUUCAGAUUGUCAUUAAAUGCCGAAUUAGUAAUGGAAAAAAAAGAACUAUAAAUUUUAAAGAUAACAAAGUUUAUGUGAACGGCAUUGAUGGUAAAGAUAGUUAUUUUUCUGUGAAACUAAAUACAUUCCUGUAUUACGGAACCACCAAUUUGGCGAUAAAAGUAGUUAAUGCAAUGACAACUGUUUGACAUAAUAUUUUUUCUCAUAAAAGGAUUUUCUAUUUUAUCACUAAUCAUUAAUCGUUUGAGAAUUAUUAUUCAGUUUAAGACUGGUUAGUCUCACAUUGAUUGGGGUAUUAAUGGUGUUUAUUCAGAGAUCGACUUUCCUUGGUACGUAAUAAAUCGUGGAGCAACUGAAACAAGUAGUCGUUCGUCGUGUAUUAAUGUGAAAGUGUGUAGGUUUGACAUUAGACAAUUUUUUCAACCGAAAAUUAUGAUUCUUUUAAUUUUUUUUCCUACCACGAUUGUCAUUUAAGUUCAUUUUCUAAAUAUUUGAUUUGAAUCGAAUACGAGAUGAUUUUUAUUUAUUGAUUCAAAGUGCAUUUUCAGUUCAGUUUUCUUUUUUUCGAGGAUGAAGUUACAGUGCAAUUGCGCAGCUAAGAAUACAGACUUCAUUAUUUCUGACUUGUAACAGUUAAUACAAAGAUGUUAUAUUGCAGGAACGUAAUAAAUGUGUAAUAAAAUA